CCGGAGUGAAUUUUACCAUUUGAAAUUCUCCGAUUCAUCAUUGUAUGUGCACGUAAUAACGAUUCUGGCAAUUAUUUCAUUUUUUUUUUUCCCCUCCACCAUGUCAUGUCCGACUAAAAAGCACUCUGUUCAGAUUAGUGUCUCACUGACAGAGAUAAGACGGAAUAAAAACACAUCAUUACCCCCUUUUUCCACGCGUUUGACAGGAAGGAGUCUGAUUUUCUCCCGGGAGAUUGCGCUUCCAUCAUGCUUGCGUGUGUAAACUGCUUGAGUAAUGCAAAUAGAUGUUUUAUCUGGAGUGGAACUUUGACGGCUAAGAAAAAGGUCAAAUUUCAGACAAGGCAUGGCAAAGUUGGCGAUCAAGUAAAGUUUCCUUCUAUCAGAGCUUCUCCACGGGAGGGUUUUAACUAAGCGCUAGCGGCGUGUGAAAAAUUGAACUGUUGCCUCUUUGCUCUUAUCUGGCUUGUUCACAUGCAAACACUGCGGACAGCUAAUGAGUUUGUCCUGUGCACAUCGUUGUUUCUUCCCAUUGACUUUUAUAGCACCGGAGAGUCAACGCUGAGAUGUUGAUUACUGGAGUAGAAUUGAAAUGUUCCGGAAAGGCCACCGUUAAGGAUCAGAUAGUUACAACAGGGCGACUUCACCCCGGGAUUACUCAUAAUUUAUUUUUUUAAUCCAUUUUUACUUCAGUUGGGCUUUCCUCUAAUCAUACUUUGAAUGAUGGUGCAAUAAUUGCUGAGAGAUGGUCCGAGCAAUCAAUGAGUAAUCUUAGAAUCCACUUCCAGCCUUUUAUGGCACUGCUUGUUUAUUGCCAGCAGGAGGUCCACAGAGGCCACCAGCUGGGAGUUCGGCCCAAAUCGACUUGUGUUUUUGACAAGCGCUUGGGGACAAGCCUUGAAAAAAAAAAAAAGAAAGCUUUGUUUUUUUUUUACUAUUCUAUAAACAGCUCAUGACUGUUGAACUGUCACAUGUCUCAUGGGAGCCCCCCGGAACAACACGUGUCCUUCAUUUACGAAGCAACAACAUGAUUUUAUCCCUUAAAAUUCAUUUUUAAAGUUGCAUUUGCAACGUGUGUAUUACUCGCUCAAAUAUAAACGGAGAAUUUGUUAAAAACGACUAUUUUUGUCACAUGAUUAGGCCCAUUUUGGCUGAUACUUGAUAGUUUAAUGAAUACAUAAACUAACUUAAAGGGCCACAUUUUCCCGUAUUAUUGAUCUUAAACUCCGUGUGGUGUGAAUUCAUAAAAUCAUCCUUCCUCGCCCCAAAGCACCUCCAACCACAACAAUAAACGUGUUUUGUUAUUGCAAUACCUCCGAUGGCGUCACUCGGCAGUGAACGUUAAUAUCGUCCUAAUGGCAGAAUUUUUACGGCAACUUUUGUGUCGGAUCCCAUUAGAGGUGGUGUGUGUCUCGUCAGCGCUCCACUAAUGUGCCGUGGGAAAUUGUCCAAUUUUAUUUAAUUGGUCUGAAAAUCAUUAUUCUUUUACUCCAGAUAAUAUGAUAAUAUAGUUUGAAAUGAUACAAAUGAGUUGUUUCUUUGUUCAUCUUUUCUAUGCCACUGGUGUAUAGUGACCGCAGUUAUAACCCCUUUUUUGCCUUAGUUUCUAUACUUUUUGCGAGAUGUGAGGUGACAUAAGAAAAACUUGCUCCUGCUUCCAUAGCAUCAUUUUAACAAUAAACGCAAUAGCAAGUGUCCCCAACACAGCAAGCAAAUAAACCCCGUGAAAUGUCACCUAGCGAUUAAGCAAUAAAAAAAAAAAAGGCAAAUAACAAAAGCAUCGAUGCGCAGAUCUAUCUCUGUCGCGAACGCAAACAGAUGAACGCCGUGCACAACGAUAAGCAACCUGAACAGCAGACUGUGAAGAUCCAAGAUAAACUGGAGCUUCUGCAUAGGUCAUAAAAAAACAUAAUCGACUACUUUGACCACCUGAGAGAGAUUUGAUCCUUUGCAUCAUUUCAUUACCACCCAGAGAAAUAUGUUCGGUCUUUGCAGAUCAGAUUAGUCAAAACAAUUUAGUGAUCCUGACGACAACAAUCUCCCUCAAAAUGAACCCUAAGCACAGAUUGAUAGUGCUUUUUUUUUUUUGUAAAAAGAAAAAAUCUAAAUGUGUUCAUCAUUGAUGUACAGAAAAUGGAUGGAUUAUUCAUAUAUUUAUGAUAGCGACGUAUAGUGACAGGCAGAACAAUUCCAUGUUCGUCCACUAGAGGGCAGAAUGUACAAUCGUUCGUAAAUAGUACACUGUCCUGAAAGCUUUUUAAAAUACGUUGAGCUAAUAUGGUCACCAAAAUAUUUUGUAAAAAAUAAAAUAAUGAUGAGCAAUAGCAUACAUAAUCCUUAAUGAACGGAUGAUUCCAAGUUACGCAAUGCACUGCCGCGUGGCUGUCAGAGUAGCGGGAAAAGUAAGAGGUGUGGUUUAGUGUUACUCAGCAGCACGCAUCAGGUAUGCGCGCCUCACUAUAAAAGGGCGGCAAACGGAGGAGAGGAGCAAGUCGGGGCACCAGCAUCACCACCACCACCACCAGCAUCAUUAUCAACCUUCCAAUACUCUCCAGGAGACUUCCAACAAGGUCCAUCCAACAUGCUGAGACCGUGCAUGAUGCUCGCCGCACUCCUCGUGUGCUUGUUGGUGUUUUGGAGCGGCUUGGCCGACGCCUACCCUCCCAAACCCGAGAGUCCCGGCACCAACGCUUCCCCGGAGGACUGGGCCAAGUACCAGGCCGCCGUCAGGCAUUAUGUCAACCUCAUCACCAGGCAGAGAUAUGGGAAAAGGUCAUCCCCUGAGCAAGCGAUGGCGUGGCUGCUGUUUGGUGCAGAUCCAAGCCAAGACACUGAACCACGUUUGGACUAUAACAGUGGAUGGUAAUUGAUGAAAACGCUGACUCGUCCUCCUAAAAAAAAAAAUCCAACAACAAUCAAAACUGUGAUUUUCCUGGAGGGUCACCCUGCAUCUAAAUAAUCUAUUUCAAUUGAUCGAUAUGCAUGCAUGUUUUUUGUUCUAUUUGUCUGCAUUGCUUCUCUUUGUACACCUCUUUGUUUUUGUGGCCUACAUUGUAAAUAAUUUGUAUGAGAAAAAUAAGUUUACAAUAAAGGAAAUAAUGGCAUAAA